AUGGGUCUUCGAGAUCUUUUUCGAAAAUAUAAAAAGGGACAUCAUAAUGCGCCUACUUCGAAUCCGAUCGUUGAAACAAAAACGCCGCAGCAGCAGCAUCAGACACACGAUAAAACUGGUUUAACAUCUCUUCAUAUAAGUGAAAGCAUGCCUUCGAAUAUCUCGGAAAAAUAUCGCCAAUUUCCCUUUGCAACACGUCGUAAUGCGGUUACCGAUGAGUAUGAAGUAUCGAAAGAAUCAUUAGGUGUUGGUAUUAAUGGUAAAGUUCUUACCUGUUGGCAUCGUGCUACAAGACGUAAAUGUGCUUUGAAAAUUUUGAAAGAUUCCGAUAAAGCUCGCCGUGAAGUUUUUUUACAUAAAAAAGCUUGUGAUGGAUGUGAUUAUAUUGUUAAAGUACUUGAUGUAUAUGAAAAUAUGUACGCAGCAAAUCGAUGCUUACUUAUAGUCAUGGAAUGUAUGGAAGGCGGAGAGUUAUUUAAUCGUAUUCGAGACCGUCAAGAUAAACCAUAUACCGAACGUGAAGCAGCAAAUAUUAUACUAAUGAUUGCUACAGCAGUAUCGCAUUUACAUAAUAUGGAUAUUGCACAUCGUGAUCUUAAACCCGAAAAUUUACUUUUUACAAAUACUUCCAAUUCAGCUCUACUGAAACUAACUGAUUUUGGUUUUGCAAAAGAAGGCAAUAAUGAACAACGUCCAUUAAACACACCAUGUUAUACUCCGUACUAUGUUGCACCAGAAAUUUUAUCAAACGACAAAUAUGAUAAAGCAUGUGAUAUUUGGUCCAUGGGUGUGAUAAUGUACAUAUUAUUAUGUGGUUAUCCUCCAUUUUUCUCUACACAUGGAGGUGCUAUUAGUGCUGGAAUGAAAACAAAAAUAAAAGCUGGUGAAUAUCAAUUUCCUAAAAAUGAAUGGAAAAAUGUUUCACAAGAAGCGAAGUCAAUUAUACAGAAAAUGCUCACCGUUGAUCCAGCUGAUCGUGUAGUUAUCGGUUGGAUUAUUAAAUGUCCGUGGUUUACAGGUACAGUACCUGAGACUCCAAUUGAUAUUCGUCCAAUGCUUGACGCAGAAAAUUACGAACAAAUGCGUGUUGAGAUUGCUGCAGCAAAUCAUGCUCAACGCCGAGCCGAUGCGGAUGAUGAUGAAAAUAUUAAUCAUCUGGCGCCAGAAAACUCACGCAUCGCCAAAUUACGUGCUGCUAAACGACAGCGACAAGGCGUUGGUGAUACUGUAGCCGCACCAUUAUCACAGAUCGAGGAACGAGACUAA